UUUUGAGGCUUCUGCCCACCGCCAUGGACAAGUCAUCCGAGAAAGUCGACCCAGUUGUGAACCCAGAAACUCAGAUGAAUGAUGGAUCUCAGAGGGAAGAUGAAGAGGACUCACCAGAUGAUUCAGAAAUCCUACAACCAGAAACACUAGUAAAGGUCAUGAAAAAGCUAACCCUGAACCCCAGUGCCAAGCCACCAAAAUAUCAUCGUCAUCAAAGGGUUCGUCUCCGGAUUAAGAGCCAGCCUGUGGGGAACAGAAGUGAAAGAAUCAUGAGGGAAGUUCAAAGCGCCUUUCCCAAGACAAGGGUCCGCACACUGCUGUCGGUGCUGAAAGACCCCAUAGCAAGGAUGAGAAGAUUUGUUCGGAUUGAGCAGAGACAAAGACAGCUUGAAGGAAAUGAGAGACGAGAUGAGCCAUUCAGAUGUCUCUGCACUUUCUGCCAUUAUCAGAGAUGGGAUCCUUCUGAGAAUGCUAAAAUAGGGCAGAACCAGAAGAAUUAGGGCAGUUUGAACUGUACACUGUCCUUGCUGUU